AUGGCGAAAGUAACGUCCAAAGUUCCACUCCUUCUUUGCUUGGGCUCUGCCCCCAUUGACCCCGUAACGCAAUCCAUUCGCCUGGUCUGCGCAUGUCAAGGUCUUUUGUCCCUCGGCGGACACCGUCGCCAGCCAAAGCCAUGUCUUCGCGCUCGCCGGCUUCGUAGGGCGCAGACUUCUUCCAUGUCGCCCUCGCUGGCCAUGGCGAGCCGACGGUCCAGGCAGCGCCCGAAGGGGAGCGGGGCCAGCGGCGGGGACACGGCCGGCUCGAGCGCGGACAAGCUGCGGGGCGUGCUGUGCGGCCGCGAGGCGGGCGGCGCGGAGCACCGGGCCGAGGUAUCUGGGACCAAAGCAGGACAAGUCUGGGCACCUGAAGGAUCUACUGCCUUCAAGUGUCUGCUCUCCGCAAGGUUAUGUGCUGCUCUCCUGAGCAACAUCUCAGACUGUGAUGAAACAUUCAACUACUGGGAACCAACACACUACCUCAUCUAUGGGACUGGAUUCCAGACUUGGGAAUAUUCCCCAGUUUAUGCCAUUCGCUCAUAUGCUUACCUGUUGCUUCAUGCCUGGCCAGCUGCAUUUCAUGCAAGAAUUCUCCAGACUAAUAAGAUUCUUGUCUUCUACUUUUUGCGAUGCCUCCUGGCUUUUGUCAGCUGUAUUUGUGAACUUUAUUUUUAUAAGGCGGUGUGCAAGAAGUUUGGGUUGCAUGUAGGUCGAAUGAUGCUAGCCUUCUUGGUUCUCAGCACCGGAAUGUUUUGCUCAUCAUCAGCAUUUCUUCCCAGCAGUUUCUGUAUGUACACCACGUUGGUAGCUAUGACGGGAUGGUAUAUGGACAAGACUUCCAUUGCUGUGCUUGGAGUAGCAGCGGGGGCUAUCUUAGGCUGGCCAUUCAGUGCAGCUCUUGGAUUACCUAUUGCCUUUGAUUUGCUGGUCAUGAAACAAAGGUGGAAGAGUUUCUUUUAUUGGUCACUGGUGGCCUUACUUCUCUUUCUGGUACCUGUGGUGGUCAUUGACAGCUACUAUUAUGGGAAGUUGGUAAUUGCUCCAUUCAACAUUGUUUUGUAUAAUGUCUUCACUCCUCACGGACCUGAUCUUUAUGGUACAGAACCCUGGUAUUUCUAUUUAAUUAAUGGAUUUCUGAACUUCAAUGUAGUCUUUGGUUUGGCCCUUCUGGUCCUGCCGCUGACUUCUCUCAUGGAACACCUGCUGCAGAGAUUUCAGGUUCAGCAUUUAGGCCAUCCAUAUUGGCUUACGUUGGCUCCAAUGUAUAUAUGGUUUAUCAUUUUCUUCAUCCAGCCUCACAAAGAGGAGCGAUUUCUGUUCCCUGUGUAUCCACUCAUAUGUCUCUGUGGAGCUGUGGCUCUUUCUGCACUGCAGUGUUACUGCCUGGAGCAUUACACCGUGACAUCCAAUUGGCUGGCAUUAGGAACAGUCUUCUUGUUUGGGCUCUUAUCCUUUUCUCGCUCUGUGGCACUGUUCAAGGGAUAUCAUGGGCCCCUUGAUUUGUAUCCAGAAUUUCACCGCAUUGCUACAGACCCAACUAUCCACACUGUACCAGAAGGCAGACCUGUGAAUGUCUGUGUCGGGAAGGAGUGGUAUCGAUUUCCCAGCAGCUUCCUUUUGCCUGAUAAUUGGCAGCUUCAGUUCAUUCCGUCUGAGUUCAGGGGCCAGUUACCAAAACUUUUUGCCGAGGGACCUAUGGCCACCCGGAUUACUCCUACUGACAUGAAUGACCAGAACCUAGAAGAGCCAUCCAGAUAUAUCGACAUCAAUAAAUGCCAUUAUUUAGUAGAUUUGGAUACUUCGAGAGAAACACCCCGGGAACCAAAUUAUUCAUCUAAUCGAGAAAAAUGGAUCAGUCUGGCCUCCAGACCAUUCCUUGAUGCUUCUAGGUGGAUCAUCCACGGUCAUCAGACUUCAGCAGCACUUCAAGACCAAGACAGACUACACAGAAAGGUCUAG